AUGGUAAACAACGAUAAACCCGAAACUGAUCAAGCGCUUCGAGGCCACGACCGUCUACUCCCACCCCGCGCGACCGCCGAUAUCAUCUUCGUCCAUGGCCUCAACGGCGGCCCAGCCCACACCUGGACGGGCAAGAACGACGUCUUUUGGCCUCUGCAGCUCCUGGUGCCUUCGCUCAUCAACACCCCGGCCAACAUCAUAGUAUACGGGUACAACGCGGACGUGGCGUCCUGGACCAAGGACAGCUCGCCGUCCGAGAACUUUGUCUACCAGCAUGCGCAGGACCUGCGGGCGCUCCUCUACUCCAACGACGUGCGCGACCCGGCUCUCGAGAUCCAGCGCUCCCUCUACGUGUCGACCUACGGCAUCAUUUUCCUCGGUACGCCGCACACGGGUUCUAAUCUCGCCUCGUGGGGCCGCAUCCUGCAGGCCAUGUCCGGGGUCGUGCCCAAGAAAAUACUCAACACGGAACCCGUGCUCUUAAAGACGCUGAAGAAGGACAACGUCGUCUUGCAAGAGAUUAAUAAUCACUUCCUCGACAUAUACCAGCGUUUCAAGAUUCACAUGGUCCGGGAGAACAAGAAGACGGACCUAAAAUACACGGUGUAG